AUGACAACAUCAUCUCCCCAAUUCAACAACAACAACAACGAGGAAACUCAAGCUUAUACUAUGACUUCUUCACCACUAAGUUCUCCCAAGAUGGAAGGCGUCCAAUUCAACUAUAAAAGAACUCAAUCACCUCAAGCCAUAAAAAGUCAAAAAGCCAAAUACUCAAGUAGCUUGUUUAAAUGGACACAGGAAUUGAUGGAAAGAAGAUCAUCUAUAGAUUCAGCCUCUUCUCAAGAUUCAUCCAGUAUCAACGAGAAUGAGAAUGACGACAACGAAAAAAACUGA